CACGUGAUUAUUCUGACACCACGUGACCCAGUUAUGGCCGCUCCCACCGUCAGCCAGUGAGCAGCUGAUGGUACAAAGCACGAGUCACGGCAAAACAUAAGGAAUACAAUCUUUUGUUUGAGAAGCAAGCGUUCGAUCACAGAGAAAGGGAUCUAAUUUGCUCUGCGCAGGAGGCCGUGAAGUGGACGAUGUUUGUGUGUACAUCAGGAAGUUUCUGACACACUACCAUAUUUGAAGUCCCUCAUUCUUGGAAACCUUUGUCACACGCUCCGCAAUCAUGCAGAUGGAUCCUGUGUUGGUUGAAUCCGCUGUGGUGUUUGCCAUGGUGAUUUCCGUUCACAUGGCUGUGUGGAAUCAGCUGUCCUGGUGUUGCAUCGCUCUGGCCGUCCAGGCUUUCUACGUGCAGCACAAAUGGGAUCGCCUCCUUCGGACCGGCGCCGCCGUGUUCCAGUUCCGCCCUUCAGCCAACAGCGGCGUCUUACCGGCCAGCAUGGUGCUGCCUCUGCUGGGUCUCGCUUUGAGGGGACGCUGCGUCACUGUGGGAAACGUUUACAUGGAGCGCUUCGCCAUGGUCAUAACAGUGAUAGGCAUGAUGCUGGCUCUGUUCCUGUCACUCAUCGCACUGGGAAUCACUCGCCCGGUGCCCACAAACACCUGCGUUAUAGCCGGUAUCGCCAGCAGUGCCAUUCUGUACACAGUGAAGCAAACGCUGACUGUGUCCGAGGUGAUUGAAGUCUUGGAGGUGUUGCUGAUUUUUGUGUACCUCAGCUUGAUCUUGUUGUACUUGCUCCCACGCUGCUUCACUCCCGGCGAGGCCCUCCUCAUCCUCGGCGGGAUUAGUUUCAUUAUCAACCAGCUCAUUAAGCGCUCUCUGGUUUCGUCCGGGAACGCAAACUCUGACCCGCUUCCGUAUUUCCUCCCGGUUGCCGUGUUAGGUUUGGUGCUGCUGGGAAUCUUCUUCGCUGUGCUCUUCGUAUUCAUGGAAUCGGAAACCUGGUCCGCGUCGCUUUUCUUCCACACCAUGACUGCUGUUUUGGGCUUGGGCUUGUUGGUUCCUUGGCUCUCCCUGCUCACGCAGCAUCACCCCGUCACCUGGCUGAUGCAUUUCAUCACUGAGAGCAACACCCGGCUUUGGCUCAUUGGAUUCUGGGCUGCACUUUUGCUUCUAGCUAUUGCCGUUGUGAUGCAUCAAAAUAGUCAUCGUUCGGGCGGCAGUAAGAAGCACCAGGCGUCGACGACCGUGCGGAAGUACUUCCACCUCCUCACCGUGUUAACCUUCGCACCCGGACUCGCGCUAGACCGCCCUCUGCUUCAUUUGUCGGCGGUCGCGUGCCUGUCAGUGCUUUUGUUCCUCGAAUUUGUCCGCUAUUUCCGCAUCCGACCUCUCGGGCCUCCGCUGAGACACCUUCUCACUUUAUUCCUGGACGAGAGAGACUCUGGACCGCUAAUUCUCACUCACAUCUACCUUCUCCUCGGAGUCGCCCUUCCCAUCUGGCUCUCGCCCGGAAACUGCACCCCUAAAGGAGGCCUAGGGGGCGCCGGUGGGCUGGUGCCAUAUGCCGGUGUUCUGGCCGUGGGAGUCGGCGACACCGUGGCAUCCAUCUUCGGCAGCACGGUCGGCGAGAUCCGCUGGCCCGGCACCAAGAAGACCUUCGAGGGCACGGCGACCUCCGUGUUCGCUCAGAUCAUCGCCGUGGUGGUUUUCCUCAUCGCCGACAGCAGUAUAAACCUGAACGCCAGCUACUCAUGGGUGGUGGGCUCAAUCACCAUGGUGGCCAUGUUGGAGGCGUACACAUCGCAGAUAGACAACCUGCUGCUUCCUCUGUACCUCUACAUCCUCCUGCUGCUAUGAGAUCAAACCCAAACUCACAUUAUGCCAAUGCACAGAUAUUAACAGCAUUAAAUUCAUAUGGUACGUUACAGGCCCUAGUAUUAUCUGACAUGGAAUUAUUCCAGUUUUCAAACCAAAAUGCAAAAAUAAAACAUCAUUAGUGUGUUUAUGACCCUAGUACAGUGAAUAAAAAUGAACAGAAAUGCAUUCAAUAAUAAACCAUUUCCUAUAGCAACCUGAUACUAAAACAAAGUGGCACAAAAAUAAACGUUUUAAGGUAAAAUGUGUAUUUUUGUACCACUAGUGGCACCAAAUGGAAUUGCACAUUUUUAUAUCUCCCAUUUUAAUUUUAGUUUUGUGUCGUUUUGUCAUUUUUAUUAGAUUUUGUGGGGUUUUAUAUCUGUAUAUUAUUUUUUUUAUUUCAGUUUUAGUUUGUUAUUGUAGUAUAUCAAGUUAAACUAAAUGAAGAUGAGAAAUGUUACUUUGGCAACUCACUGACAUAAAAUAAGUUUACUUUAUAUUCAUUUCAGUAAAAGGGGACCUAUUAUUUCACAAUAUAAGUCUCUGGUGUUCCCAGAAUGUGUCUGUGAAGUUUCAGCUCAAAAUUUCCCACAGAUCAUUUAUUAUAGCUUGUCAAAUUUGCCCCUAUUUGGGUGUGAGCAAAAACACGCCGUUUUUGCGUGUGUCCCUUUAAAUGUAAAUGAGCUGCUGCUCCCAGCCCCCUUUCCAAAAGAGGGCGGAGCUUUACCAGCUCACGCUUCGGUUGCUCAACAACAACAAAGCUGGAGAAUCUCACGCAGCCAUAAUGAGGAUUGUCAGUAACGGUGUUCAGCCUUAUAUUGUUCAAACCGGAGUCGGACCCUGAUGGAGAGACUCAGGAAGAAGUUACAACUUUUAGAAUGAAACUGGACGUUUCUGAACGGUUAGUGGAUAAAUUAAUGUAGUUGCUGUGGAGUUGAUUCAACUCAUCGACUAGCAUGUGCCGUCAUGUUAAUCUUUUGUGCAAAUCCAGUGUUGAAUUGACCCUCAUUUGUGAAGCAGUCCGGCGUAAAAUGACGGCAUGACAACAACACUCUACUACAACAGCUCUUCCUCUUCUCUAAAGCAGCCCAACAUGGCCUCGUUGCGUGUUUUCGGGGGCAGGGUUUAUGUAAAUUAUGGGGUUUGUGAUGUCAACAACCCGGGAAGAAGCUCGUUGUAGUCCCUAAAAAGCGAUUUCUGUAAAAGAAAAUAUCUCCCUUUGCAUUGAACUUUGAGCGUCGUAACUUUGCAGAUGUUGUUUAUGCUCAAACAGCAACAUCACACACUAACUAAAGUUAAAAAAGUGAAAUCAUAAUCAAGGAUCCCUUUAACAUUUAUUAUAUUUCAAGUAACAAAACUAGUUAACCAUAAUAACAAUGGUUUGAAAACACAGUUUGGUGCCGCUUGUGGUGCAGAAAUAACUGCAGCUUUAAGGAUUCUUCAUUCAUAUUUUGUAUUUUUAUUUUUCAAGGUUUACAUGUGAUAAUUAUGCUGUUUUGAAUGUUUAUUUUGUGUGUGCUCACGGGAAGCUCUGAUGUCUUGAGUUGCUGUUAAUAUUUCAUUCGCUCAAAUCCUGCGUCUGUCACUCCAGUAUAAAUGACAGGGAUUGAGUUGCACAUUAUUAAUAUUAAAGAAAGAAAUGGAAAAUGUAACACCCUUUAUCAAUGCCUGCACUUGCUGAUAAACACACAUCUUGGAUGCAAACACUGAACGAAGGGCACGAUUUCUACAAUUUGCUUAUUUAAUUUAGGUGAAUCUCAUGAGAACUUUAUUUUUCUAUAGAGCUGCUUUCCAAACAACACGUAUCGUAAAAGUGCUAUACAAAUUUAAUUCAAUUAAAAAUCAAAAGUAAUAUUUUGCAUGAAAUUUGCCUGUUUUUAGGACCAUAUGAUAUUUGUGAUAAUUAUGCACAUUACAAAUUGCAAACAUACUUGACCAAUUUAAUAAUAUUUAAUUAAAUAAUAAAUAUUUAAUUAUGCAUAUUAAUGGUUCUUAAAACAGGCUUUCAUCCAAAUAUAAUUUUCUUUGUUUUUAUUUUUGUGUGUGUGUGUGUGUGUGUGUGUGUGAGAAAUAUGGCAUGUUUUUGACGUUUCAUCAGAUUCACCCAUUUAUCAAAAUGUAAUUUCUCCUUUCAGUCCUUUAUUACAGCAUAUUAUGCAUCACUUGAGCCAUUGAAGAACACUUUUGUUUUUCUAUUAUUGUAUAACCCUGUACAAAAACACUCAAAUAUUAUUUUGAUGCUAUGAAUAGAAUACCUGCCUUUAUGUCCAAUGCAAUAGGAAGGACCGGUAGCACAGCUUGUCGCCUUAAAAAGUGUUUUGUAUUCUAGUUCAGUGCUAUCAGUGGUCCGUCUGCAUGGGUCUGUAUGUAGAUAUUAAUGUACAGAUCACUGUCCUGUGAAAGCAUGUAUGCAAUUGAGCUGUUGUGUCUUAACUCUGAUAAAGAUGGCGUAAUUCAAGCAUUUUGUAAAUUAUGUAUGUUUAAACUUUAAUUUAUUAAUGAUAUUUGACCGAGGCCUUUUACGUAGUUAUUGGCGUUUUGUGUCGAGUGGAUUACGUUGACAGUUGUCAUGGGAACUGUGGCUGAAGCAUCAGUCACCUGUUCAGUUUGCAAUGCGUUCUGGGACAUUUAAAAGUGACACUCGGCAUCUGUGGACAUGUGCAUGACACUCAUGUGUAAACUCGUUUUUUUAACUACCUGGCAAUUGUUAUAAAAUGUGUUACUUUAUGGUCCAUAUUUUGACAUCGGGAUUUGACACAGAUUGUUGGAUUUUUAUUUUGUAAAUGGUCAUUUUAAUAUUUUGUGUAUAUUUACAGAAUUUGUUCAGUUACUUUGCAUCAAAAGAAUGGUUGAAUAUCUUUUACAACAAAAGUGACCCAGCAUGAAACACUGUAAUAAUUUGAACUUUCAAAAAUGUACUUUUGUUGGAAUAGUUGAAAUUUUUCUAUGUUAAGUAUCUUUUUUUUUUUAAUUGAUAUUGAUAUCUUUAUUGAAGUUUGUUUUAAAUCGUUUUCACCUAUGACUAUAAAUAUGAUUUUCCUGUCAUGAGAACUGCCGUUUGGUCCUUUUAUUUUCUUCAUCUGGAAAUCCAGAUUAUUCAUAUGAUCAAACAUUCAUAACUUUUCUAUAUUGUAUUGAUUUUGUUUGGUGCACAGAGAAUGGUGCAUUGAAGGAAAUAAACUGUAUUUCUAAUAAAGUUAAAUGUUUCUUG